ACGUUCUUUAUUACUUGGAUCCCCUAUAAAUAAGACUACCCACAUCUAAGUAACAAACCACAAUCCCUAAAUUAGAAACUUAACAAUCUCUAAAAAUAAUUUACUCGAAUUCCAAGUUUGAUAAUUAUGGGUUCACUAUUAGAAACUAAGAUGCAAAAACAACAUGUUGUAUGUAUCCCAUAUCCAGCACAAGGUCACAUAAAUCCCAUGCUACAAUUAGCCAAACUUCUUCAUUUUAAAGGCUUUCAUAUCACCCUUGUUAAUACGGAGUACAACCAUAGUCGUCUUAUCCGAACCCGUGGGGCUUCUUCGGUCGCUAACCGCCCGUCUUUCCGGUUUGAAACCAUACCCGACGGGUUGCCACCGGGUGAUAACGUGGACUCCACUCAGGACGUCCCGUCUCUUUGUGUUUCUGUUGAGAAGAAUUGUCUUGGCCCGUUUAAGGAUAUCCUCGCCCGUCUUAAUGAGACGGGCGGGGAUAUACCACCCGUAAGUUGUGUGGUUUCGGAUGGUGCUAUGUUUUUUACAAUUGAUGCGGCUAAAGAGUUGGGCGUUCCUAUUGUGUUGCUUUGGACUGCUAGUGUGUGUGGUUUCUUGGGUUAUUCUCAGUACCACAAGAUUGUGGAAUUGGGUAUUGCCCCUUUUAAAGAUGAAAGUUUCUCUACAAACGGCGACCUUGAAACAGUUCUAAAUUGGAUCCCUGGCAUGAAGGGAAUUCGACUCCGAGACUUGCCUAGUUUCAUUAGAACAACAGAUCCUAACGAACUCAUGCUCAAUUAUGUCCAACGAUUAAUCCAUAACUUGAAAAGAGCUGACGCCAUCAUCUUUAACUCCUUUGAUACAUUGGAGCAAGAUGUCCUACAAUCUUUCCCUUCCGAUUUCCCUCCUCUUUACGCGCUCGGUCCCUUCCAACUCCUCCUCGAUUCUUCAGAGGCGAUCUGUAACGAGGAACUUAAGUCGAUCCGUACAAGUCUAUGGAAAGAAGAUCCACAUUGCAUAGAAUGGCUCGAUUCCUAUGAGCCCGACUCUGUUGUUUAUGUUAACUUUGGGAGCAUUACAGUUAUGACUAAUGAUCAAUUGAUAGAAUUUGCAUGGGGACUUGCUAAUAGCAAACAACCCUUCCUUUGGAUCACCCGACCCGAUUUAGUCACUGGGGAUUCAGCUGUUCUGCCACCAGAGUUUUUGGAAGAGACGAAAGACAGAGGACUUAUUACUAGCUGGUGUGAUCAAGAGAAAGUCCUGAAACACCCUUCUAUUAGAGGGUUUUUGACUCAUUGUGGUUGGAACUCGACGAUUCAGAGUUUAAUCAAUGGGGUACCUAUGAUUUGUUGGCCUUUCUUCGCGGAGCAACAAACUAAUUGUUGGUUUUCUUGUACUAAGUGGGGUGUGGGAAUGGAGAUUGAUACAAAUGUGAAGAGGAGUGAAGUCGAGGGUCAAGUGAGAGAGUUAAUGGCGGGAGAAAAAGGGAAGAAGAUGAAGAGAAAUGCUAUGGAGUGGAGAAGGUUAGCUCGUGAGGCUGUUGCUGCUCCAAAAGGGUCCUCUUACAACAAUUUUGACAAGGUUAUAAAAGUUCUUGGGUCUGUUAAAUCUAGUUAAGUUCUCUGACGAAAGUGAUCUACAUGCUUAUAUAUACCUUUUCAAAUUCGCUUUCCCUUGCAAGUUUGUGAUAAUUAAUUUUUUAUUACCUAUUUUGGGUUAUUGCUUUGUUUAGGAAUAUUUGUCAAAAAGUACCUAAUAAAGAAAAUUUUAUUGUUAA